GCAGGGGGGGACCAGCCACUGUUGAUCUUGGGAGCCAAACAAAGACAGAGAAGGUAUUUAACCCCCUGGAGAGCCCUUAAAACCUCUUCUGAGCUCCAAACCCCAACAGCUGAGGAAAUAGCAGGGUGUUUUCCUUACCUUUUCUGCAGAGUAUUGCUUUCAGCUGACUCUGGUAGAGCCGCUAUGACUGAAACAACAGUUUACUCCGGCAGUGGGCUUGUCCAUAUUAAAAACCCACACUUGGACUCGAUGGAGGAGGACAUUCUGUAUCACUUGGACUUGGGAACCAAGACGCACAACCUGCCAGCAAUGUUUGGGGACAUAAAGUUUGUCUGCGUUGGUGGCAGCCCAAACAGGAUGAGGGCAUUUGCCCAGCUCAUGCACAAGGAGCUGGGACAGGCGGGCGAUGGGGAGGACCUGGCAGACAUCUGCGCAGGGACGGAUCGCUAUGCCAUGUACCGAGCUGGGCCAGUGCUCUCCAUUAGCCAUGGGAUGGGCAUCCCUUCCAUUUCCAUCAUGCUUCAUGAACUAAUUAAACUUCUGCACCACGCAAAAUGCCGAGAUGUUACUAUUAUACGCAUUGGUACUUCUGGAGGUUUAGGCAUCAAGCCAGGGACUGUUGUGAUCACAGACACAGCAGUGGACUCCUCCUUCAAGCCACGGUUUGAGCAGGUGGUCCUGGAUGAUGUGGUGGUGCGGAGCACAGAGUUAGACAAGGACCUUGCAAAGGAGCUUCUUGCCUGCAGCAAGGAUGUUCCUGACUUCCCUACACUCAUCGGCCAUACCAUGUGCACCUAUGACUUCUAUGAAGGUCAGGGGAGAUUAGAUGGAGCACUGUGCUCUUUUUCCAGUGAAAAAAAGUUAGAGUACUUAAAAAGAGCUUACAAUGCCGGCGUGAGGAACAUCGAAAUGGAGUCCACAGCAUUCGCUGCCCUGUGCGGGCUGUGUGGCCUAAAAGCUGCUGUCGUUUGUGUGGCACUCCUGGAUCGCCUGGAGGGGGAUCAGAUCCGGGCACCCCAUGAGGUGCUGUGGGAGUACCAGCAGCGGCCCCAGCGCUUGAUAGCAGCCUUCAUCCGAAAGCAGCUGGGGCUGUGCCCUCCAGCAGGAACAAGCUUUUCUCCACAAACUGAUGGGUGAUGCAGCACAAGCAGUGCAGGCUUGCUCCCCCAUGCCAGGCACACCACAGCCCCUUUUUCUGCAAAAUUGAAAAGACUGACUUGGUCACAAUGCACUUCCAUGGAUAAGUGCCCUCCACGGCUGAGUGGGGGAGCUGGAUCCAGUGAACAUCACCCUGCAGGAGCUGGAGACCUCCAAUGUGGCUUGAAUUACACCAACAACCUGCUCACCCAAGGACAGCUCCAGACAAUAUUUGUACAGAAAUUAAGACUGUUUUACCAAACCGCAUGCUCCUCAGUCCCAUCUCCAGUGGUCAUAAAGGACUGCCCUGUUAGGGUCAGUCCUGUCCACAGCUAUCCUCUGAGAAGGAGUUCCCUCUGCAUUUGGCAUAAAGCGAAAACCUAAGUAAAUGACACAUAAAAUUGAUCCGCAUUUGUGAUUAUUAUUAUUCAUUAAGGAUCUAUCAAAAACUGACGUGUACAAGGGCAUUUGAAGAUAAGAGAGAGAGUGUGGGAAGCCCACUUUGCACAGACUGUCUCCAGGCAAAAGCAGACUGUUCCCAAGACUGCACGGCUGGCAGCUUUGGGUGGGGGGCGCAUAGAGACCCUUGAGAUGAAAAGGGAUAGGAAGCACAGGUUACUGAUACAUCCUUCACCAGAUUUCACCUGAGUGCCAGGGACUGCAUCUUUCACGUUCAUCUGCUAAUCAACACACUCCAACAGUGCAGAAACUCAUCUGUAAGUGUCCCCACGAGCUGUGCCUGAGUUGCACAGAGGGUUUUUUCCAGAGGUCACCUACAGCCUGAAGAAUUUCCCACUAAAAUCACAAAAUCACUUCCAGUUCUUAAGUUUCAGUAACAAGCUUGCUUCCAGUUCUGCUAAGUCCAAAGUCUGCUUAAGAAACUUCUAUACUAAUAGCAAUGUACCUUAUGUCUGUUGUGAAAAUAAUUUAAAACCACUCCAGGAAAAGAAAUAUGAUACUUUAACAUUUUGCCUAAUUUGAUAGGUAAUGUUUGUUCUGCCCUAGCUUACAGAAACACAGAUCCAGUCAUUAACUUUGCAGGAGGUGAAGGCUCUCUAUUUUCUAGAACAAUGUGCAGCAAAGAGUCUCUCGUUUUA